AGUUGAAAUACCCUUAUAUUACCAUGCACAAAAAUAUGCAUGACAUGCUAAUCAUUGUACUGUAUUUCUGUUUAGGACAAUGGAUUAUUCUAUCUAUUAGUGGUCAGUGUUGUCCUCCUACCAGUAACUUUGCUAUUCAAAAGAUUACUAAUAAUAAAGGUAUCAUGUUUGGUGGAACAGUGACUAUAGUGAAAAUGGUAGAAGCAUAUCUGUUAAUACAGUUUAUACAUGUCAACUGCAGUCUGGCACUACUAUACACUGGGAGAGUGUUAAGGAACCAGUAGUACCUGCUAGUGUACAGUGGCCUGUGGAGAGAUGUUAUCAUGCUAUUUCUAGUAUCAUCAGGUGACUCACCUACACUAGUAUUGAUAGGUGGAGAGUGUAAAGAUGGACUAGUAAAUGAUAGUUGGUUACUGAAUACUAGUCAGUACCAGUGGAGUAAAAUUGUUCUACCUGAAUCUGUUACUGGUAGACAGCUUCAUUCCUUAUCAUCAAUAAUGAUGAGUCCAGACUGUGUGUGGUUGGUGGUAGUGGGUGGAUAUGGAACGGUUGAAUGGGAAAAUGUAGGAAGAGAAUAUAAGCUACCAUUUUCUAAACGAAUUACUGAUCCUAUUAUCACAAUGUUAUUGGAACUAGUUUUAAGAGAAGGUCAAUGGAGAGCAAGUGAAGUACUAGAUUCUACUGGUCUGACUACUGAGGCCUAUCAACACAAGUAUCAGUUAUUAUUAAAGAACAGAAAAUGGUGGCAAGAUCAGUUGAUAGUAUACCCUGCAAACAGAGAAAUAAAACUGCAAAAUUAUGUCCAAUCAUUGCAGCAGGAGUUAAGAGUAUCUGAGGGAAACAAGAUCUCACUGCAGGAAGCACUCCUUGAGGCUAGUCAGCAAGGAAAGACAACAGCAGAACCAGUAAAAGAAACUAAACGAACAAUCAGUCAUGAAGAGAUUGAUAAACUUAAAGCUAAUGUAAUAAUGCUUACUGAAGAGAAACUGCAAUUACAGGACAAAUUGGAAAUAUCAACUAGUG